ACCAGUCUCCUUAUGCAGCGGCUACCACCUUGGAAUACCGGAACAAUCACUGCGAGUUCCCUGGUUGUGAAUCGAAGUUCAGAGGAUGCACACUGGGGUGCAGCAGCUACAGGUACUAUGAGAGCUGUGGACUGACCUUCUGUGCCACGGGACAG